CUUGGAUAUGCACAAUGAGGGGCGGACCUAUAGGACCGCGACAAAGGAAAAAUCACAAAAAAUCGCGGAAUGGGUGCGAGAAUUGCAAGAAGCGCCACUAUAAGUGUGACGAAGGGAAGCCCUCAUGCGGUGGAUGUACCAAGAGAAAACUUGAAUGCAGCUUCACUACAUCCCAGAGUCCUGCUUCGGACGUGUCUGUCAAUACCAAGGUCUUCAACGCCAUCUCACACAACAUCAUCAACCACAAUGGUGACGCGGUGUCACCCUUACCUAUGGCAGAUCUUGAACUACUCCAACAGUCCAUAACACGCACUCGAUACUCUAUCACACCGGACUCAAAACCCGAUGAGGAAGAAAGCGGACUGCCUCUCCGGUUUCCUUACUUGAUGCAUUCAAACUUAGCUUUGGCAGCGCUGCACCUCUACUCCGAACAGCCUCAUCGAUCAGAACUACUGUCUAGGGCGGCUGCUCAUCAACACGCAGCGCUGUCUCAGGUGCGACCUCACAUCGUAGAAGCAACGGCUGAACACAGUCAAGCAAUACUCGGUUUUGCUGCCGUCACUUCUAUCUUUGCGCUGGCCGAGCCUGCGUAUGACCCUCGAGGUCUUGGUCUGGCCCGAGAUCCGGUUGAUGAACUGCUUAACUCUUUUCACCUUGGUAGGGGCAUUAAAACCAUUCUUAUGCAAAAGUGGGAUGUGCUUCAACACAAGGAACCUAUCAAGAGGGUCACUGCGCUCCCGGACUACACUGCACUCAAAGCCACGCUAGACGAUACUUAUCCUAUGUAUCGAAUCCUCCGGAACUUCGUCAUGCAAAAUUGUCGAGACGACGAAGCAGUCUCUUGCCUGGACGCUAUUGAGAAACUGUUCUACUACAUGGCCAUUAUGGAGACACAUCACCGGGAUGUUCCAGGCGCUAUGUAUGUCCAGAUGUGGCCUAUCGACGUUAGUGCGCACUUUCUUGACAUGCUUGCAGACCGAUCUUCUGUAGCUCUUGUUGUGUUGGCAUACUAUGCCGCACUCAUGAGGCUGAGAUCAAACACUUGGUGGCUGGAACGAUGGCCCUCAGCUAUCCUCCAACACGUCGCUUCCAUCUUGAGCCCAGAAGUAGCUGUCCACCUUGACUGGCCCAGGCANAAGAUCCUUCAGCUCGACCAAGCAUUCCCAUCUCCCGUGGAAUUGCAAAUCACC